GUAGGCAGGUGCUGUGAUGAAGCAGCGUGGGGAUAGGAUCUUGGGGGCUUUGUACAGUAGUAUGGGGGAAGGGUCAGUUGGGACAGGGCUGUAUGCUCGGCUGUGGUGUUAGGUGAAGUGUACCAAAAAGAUAGUUUCUCUGCCCUGAAUAGCUCAGUGUUGAAGAGCUCCAUGUGCCCGGUACAGUGUGGUACAAGAAGAAACCCACACACAGCACCAGGCCCUUUGAGAGAGGAGAGGAAAGAGCUUGAUCUAUAUUCAUUGGGAGGCCGUAUCCAUAUUUACAGAUACCAUGGGGAGUUUUCUGUGGCUUUUAAUCUCUGCUGGGCCUUCCUUAGGGUGAAAUGAUAAAAACCAAACAGUACGGAAAGGGAGGGAGUCCCAUUGUUAUUAUGUAUAGUAUAAAAUAUGCAAUAUUUGAAUUUGUUUAGCUGCAUCUUCUCAAAAUCCUCCUUAGUGUUCACUAGUCUAAAUAGCUUUGUCUCGUCAACAGCUUCUUAGUUACUGCUUUCUCGAAGCCAUUAAUAAAUAGUUGUGGACACAACAUGACUUCCAGGGAUAUCCCACUGAGAGCGUCUCAGUCUACACUGAGGGGAAGCUGCUGGUUAAAUGAUGAACUGUGGAGGUCACGUUUUGGUUUUGAUUUUAAAUCUCCAAAACCAGAGGUGAUUCAGAUCAAAUCCAAUUUUAUCUAAAUCAUCACAGUUUUUUUUUUUUUUUGAAAGAGGAUGGUAGAGUCUGGCUGAAAAAAAUCAGUUUUGGUCCAUCUCUAUUAUUUGUAUUUAUGCAAUGCCAUAAAUGCAUGUGGAUCUUUAUCAAACAGUGAAAGACUGUGAGGCUGAACUCUUUAAGGACACUUUGGAUUUGGAGGCAUAACUCGCACUCAUUCCAAUGGGAACUGUGUCUAAACCCCUAGAUGGCUUUGAAAAUCUCAGCUUGGGUCCAUGCCUUGAAAUGCUUGUGGUUUAAAGGUAAGAACAGGAGGAGAGGACAGACACAGAAGCUGGGGAAGACAAGGAUGAUAGAAGUGCAGAUGAGUGAUGUGUGGAUUUUAAGGUUUACAUGGUGGUUCAUUUCUUGACAAGUAUUUUUCAUCCACACCAGGAAUUAGCCUCUGAGACUGGUAUCAUCAAACAUUUCAUAAAGCCUGCAGACACUGGGCCAAUCCUGCUGUAGCUCCAUUGAAAUAUAUGGGGGAUUUUAAAAUCUGCAGCAGUUUUGGCUCUUAGAUGUAUUCUGGAGCAUAGAUAUUGUAGCACUAGACUGACUCAUUGGAACCACUAACUUUUACUACUAUAUACCGUAGUCCGUUUCUAGAGGCUGAGAGAGAGAAUUUCUGGGCCAUCAGAUAAACUUCUGAAUGUGUUUGUCCCGCAAUGCUCAUUCUGGUGCUUUGGGUUUCCAGGCUUGCGAUAAAGAGACAUUCUUUGCUAGGGCUUCUUAAAGCAAAAUAAACUGUUUGGGAUGGCUGCUCCUUGCCAGCAAUACAGGAUUUAAAGCAGCACCCAUCCCUGUUACACCUUGCAUCACAGGGCAUGGCAUAUGGUCAGUGAUCUGCCUGAAUCAGUCAAGUUCAUAAUAUUAAGAUUAAGCAAAAACUCAAGAGUUAAUUGGUUUGACACUUCUGAUGGGUGAUAGCCUGGCAGUAAAUAAUUCCAGUACUUAAUACACUUGGAGGCACAGCGGAGGCUCAAGAGCUCUGACAGCUAUUUGGGUUAUAUUAAAAAAACAAACCCAAAGAUAAUUACUAAAGAGUCAAAGAAACAUCUGUGAGUCUCCAUCUGUAAUUACUUCCAAGUCUGUAUUCGGCCUUGCAAAGCUCUCCUUGAUAUAAAAAAAAUUGAGACUCUCAGGCUGACUCAGUGCAUAAGGGGUUGGGUCUCCUGUACUUGUUAACCCUCUGCUCCCAGUUACUGGCCAUGUGAUUAUGGCAAACUUCCCUAAUUUCAAUCCCUCCCAGUCACUUUUAGCCUGGUGCGGUGGUGACAAACCUGGACUCUGUCCUGGCACCGUUCUUACUAGUGGGACUGAACUUAACUGGGACUGAAGUAGUCAAUAAACUGCAUUUCCUUAAUGCCUCGUGUGUGAGGGUCUCAGAGUGCUUGACAAGCAUCCAUACAACUUGUCUACAUCACAGGGGUGCAGCAGAGUGUCCAAGGUGACCCAUAGGGAUUUAUACCCAUGCUCCGUAUGCAGCUGAUUCAGGCAGCAUGGAACACAAUCCUCCUCCCUCCAGGUACACACGUGGACCACAAAAAUGUACAUUUGUGGGCUCGGCAGAUUGCCAAAAGGGAGGCGUGUUCCUGUGCUCGUUUUGCCAGAGCUCCCUUUCUGAUGUGUGCAACUGGCAGGCCAGUGCUUUUAUGCAAAGCCCUCCCUCAGUCAGCCACUUAACCUAGGAUGCUUUAGUAAUAACUGCUUAUAAUUAUCGCUGGUAUGUUGUCCUUCUCUCUUGUUUUCUGUCCCUGCAUUGCUUUCCAUGAAGCCUGCUAGCACAUUGUCCCUUAGAUCCCUUUCUGCAAGUUUGCAAAUCCUACCACAAAAACAUUUCUUAUUAAAUAAGAAAAGAGAAAAGCUGCUUUCCCUGCUUUUUUCUUUCCUCUUUCUUUUUUCUCCCCUCAUGACGCUGAAGGCCUUUAAAAAUGGCACGUAAAGCUGGAGGCGAUGACUGUAAAAGCGAGUUUUAGCAUUAUUAUUAUGUUGGCGCUCAUCUUUUUUUAGUUGUUGAACUGAUCCCCUCCUGAAUAGGAUCUGGGACAAGGAUGCUCUGUCUGCAGCAGCAUUAGAGACCUCCCCUACAAAUGGUGUGAGGCCCUCGCCGCCUGGUGCAAAACAACACUGGUGAUCAAUACAUUGGGAAAACCAGGUCCCCUUGGAAGACGGUACCUUUUGUCACCCUGAAGACGCCUACGCCGUAAACUGCAUCAUUCUCAAUUUAUCUGCUACACCUUGGAAGGACAAAGAUGCAGGAACCAGUUGAAGAUGCACUUUGAAUUUACAGCUGACUGGGCUGUUUUCUUGUCAUGUUCACAGUGUCCCCACCCUGCAUCAUCCCCUCUUCCUUCUCCUUAAGGAACGCUGCCAUUUCCCUACCUAGGUGCUUAAUUACCAUUGUCCCAGCAAAAUGUCAGCAUGAGUCAGAGACAGUCUCCCAUUAGGAAGAGACAGAUGAAUAUUAAUUACACUUACUGGUAAUUAUCAAUAGCUCAAUGUGCAGGGAAAGAGGAGGUGGAGUGUGCAGCAGGGGGAAAGUACAGCCAACCCCUGGCUGUGAAUAAAAACCUGCAUUUCAAUAGCAAGCGCAGGUGGAAGCUUUCGAACCAGUGAAGAGGCUUGUUCCGUAUCCAGCGUCGGAAGGUCAAGCUCUGGGAGCUUGACUCCAUCUCAAAGACGUUACCGAGCCGACGAAGGCUUUCUGACAGUUGGAAAACAGGAAGUGCUCACUGUGCAGAAUGGAGUGGCAGGUUCUGCUGUUGGCUCUUUGCAUGGGUUUGGCUCAUUCGGCCUCUGCAGACUGUGCAGCCCAGUGCUCCAUGUGUGCCGUGCAGACCCAAGAUCUGGAGAAGCCCAUCAGUCCCCUGAUCUGUUCGCUGGAGUGUCAGGGCUCCUUGCUGUCCCGCGCGGAGUGGGAGAGGUGCCAGACCACUCUGGCUCUCCUUGCCCCACUGAUGGCGGCGGUGGAGGGCCAGGGCCUGUCCCCUCUGGAGGCUGAGGCGAAGGAAGAGCCAGAGGGGAGCCCCAUCCCCGGCGAGCUCCCCAGCAACCUGGUCAAACGCUACGGCGGCUUCAUGAAGAAACUGGACAAGAACAAGAUUUUCUCCCUCUGGCGUGAGAACGCCCACAGCAAAGGCGGCAUGACUAAGAAGUACGGUGGCUUCUUCCGCAAGCCGGGGGAGAGGGCGGCCUCGGAGGUGGCGGAGGACUACCCAGAGCUGGAGGCCGGGGAGACAGGCGACCACGGGGAGGAGCCUGAGGAAGGAAACCUCAAGGACGAGAUGAAGCGCUACGGGGGCUUCCUCCGCAAGUACCCCAAGAGGAGCUCAGCGCUGGCGCCCGAGGGGGAGGGGCAGGAGCUGGAGGACCUGCACAAGCGCUACGGGGGCUUCCUGCGCAGGAUCCGCCCCAAGCUCAAAUGGGACAAUCAGAAGCGCUACGGGGGCUUCCUGCGGCGCCAGUUCAAGGUGACAACGCGGUCGGACGAGGACCCCAACGCCUACUCGGGGGAGGUCUUGGACCUAUAGAACCCCCCCUACAGCCGGAAUACUUCCAGUAUGGACUGCAUCGCUCCUCCCGACCCACAUCGCCCUCCCGUGCUCAGCCAAGCAUCCCAGGCAUCACACACCGAUCCGGCCUGUGAGCGGAGACCCAGGCGCACCACCCUGCUGCUGCUUCCCUGAAGAGCCAGGCAGGGAUUGCAACCGGCAACGUUCCUCCUUAGUGUCUGUCUCUGUCAGCUCUGGGACUUGCACCUGCUGCUGUUUCCAGUACCGAACCGAUCAGCCCAGCGAUGGGUUUAGUUCAGCUGUGUCGAAAGCAGGUUACUUUAGUUAAGUCUCAGACGACUGACUAUUGAUCCCUGUGAUCCUUAGCGAUGAGCCCAACUCACCCUCCAGUCGGAAUACCCCAAACGCUGGGGAAGUUCAGCUCUGGAGCCAAACCUGGUGGCUGGCCCCUCUGGUCCGUCAUGGACCAACCCAGAGCUCCAGGUCCAAAGGCCUCCCAGCUUUGGGGGAGUUCGGCUCUAGCUCCAAACCGGAACCAUGCCGCUGUAGUUCCUGCAGUGGAACCCCAUUUUCAAAGGUCCCCAGCGCUGGCACCAGGUGCUGCUGGGCAUUUCCAAUUUAAAUAUUCUAAUGGAAACAGAGGCAUCUGCUAC